GUCAGCAGAAUGGAUCCAGGGUACCUCGAUACCACUCCGGUGAGACCACCGCCUCCCGGCCAAACAUCCAACUUCAUCAACCCCGUAUCGAGGUCGUAUCAGUUGGUGGCUGUGAUUGCGGUCACUUUCGCCCUUGUCGUGCUCUUCAUCGGAUUCCGCCUCUACUUUCGCCUGAAGGUCACCAAGUCAUUCGGCGCAGAUGAUUGGCUUUGUAUCGUCGCUACGAUACUCACCCUUUCAUAUUCAGCUCUCAUCCUUAAGCUUCUAUGGAAGCCAGGCGGUGGUAUUCUAGGGAUUCAUCUCUGGGAUGUUCCACUUUCUCACUACAUUGAGUACUCAAAGGGAUCUCUUGCAGAUUCGGUCCUCAUUCGCAUCACCAACACCUCGAUCAAGGUUGCAUUCUUCGUUUGGUACCUUCGCCUCUUUAGUGUUAUCAAAUAUGUCAAGAUCAUGGUCUUGGUCGGGAUGGUUACUGUCAUAACAUUCUGUGUGGCCUUCAUCACCAUCGACCUGGUGGCUUGUUGUCCUUGGCCAAGUGAGCACGGCGGCUGGUUAGAUCCGAAAAUGCUGAGCCGUUGCAACAAGAUCGCCCCAAAUCUGGUCACCUCUGGUGCUUAUUUUAGUGUGAUUACGGAUUUCUACAUCCUGUUUAUUCCACUACACCAGGUACCGGGUUUGAAUCUCUCACGGAACAAGAAAAUCGGCCUCAGCUUCAUCUUUCUUACGGGUACUCUGGCUUGCGCCGCUGGUUUGACGAAUCUGAUCAUCCGCCAAGACAAAAAGAUCUUCGAUCCGGCAGACUUUUCAUGGACCAUCGUUCCUGUGUAUGCUACAAGUAUCGUCGAGAUCAAUGUCGGACUCAUGUGCCACUCCAUGCCAAUUGUUUUGUUCCAAUUUGUUACCCGGCUCUCGCACAUUGGUACCUCCUUGAGUUCCUGGAUCCGAGAAAGACGUGAGCGCCGCCGAAGUCCUGCUGAGAGCUCUUCUAAUCUAGCAGCAUCAGCCGACGAGGACAACCCGCCACCACAACUUCCGGAAGUGCCUUCAGGAAACAACAACCUUACAGGAAUUCGUACGUUUGUCCAGAACAUUUACCGCUCCGGUGCCCAGACUUCGAAGCGUGAGGAGACUGUCUUGCCAACUUUCAAGGAGGAGCUAACUUCGGUGGAUCCUAGCUACCACCACGGAUUGAAGUCCAUACGGCCUACCCACAUUGAAGAUAGUCGCCAAACAAAUAACUCUCGCAAAUAG